GGGUUCUUCCGGAAGGUUCCGGAGGCUUCUGGAAAAGGCGCCGCGCGCGCGCUGGGCGUGCCCGCGUCUAUAUAAAGCGGGCGCGGGGGGUCGGCGCGGCAGUUGCUUCGGCGUCGCGGUUGCUGCUCGUUGCGGAGAGUCUGUGGUCACCCAGCCAAGAUGCCUGAGGAAACGCAGACCCAGGACCAGCCGAUGGAGGAGGAGGAGGUGGAGACCUUCGCCUUCCAGGCGGAGAUAGCCCAGCUGAUGUCGCUGAUCAUUAAUACCUUCUAUUCGAACAAAGAGAUCUUCCUGCGGGAGCUCAUCUCCAACUCGUCCGACGCUCUGGAUAAGAUCAGGUACGAGAGCCUGACGGACCCCAGCAAGCUCGACUCCGGGAAGGAGCUGCAUAUCAAUCUCAUUCCCAACAAGCAGGAGCGAACCCUCACGAUAGUGGAUACGGGGAUCGGAAUGACCAAGGCCGAUCUGAUCAAUAACCUGGGCACCAUUGCCAAGUCCGGGACCAAAGCCUUCAUGGAGGCUCUGCAGGCCGGGGCCGAUAUCUCCAUGAUUGGCCAGUUCGGCGUCGGGUUUUACUCGGCGUACCUAGUGGCUGAGAAAGUGACGGUGAUUACCAAGCAUAAUGAUGACGAACAGUACGCCUGGGAGUCCUCGGCUGGGGGCUCCUUCACCGUGCGCACCGACGCGGGGGAACCUAUGGGUCGCGGAACAAAGGUUAUCUUACAUCUGAAAGAAGACCAAACGGAGUACCUGGAGGAUAGGAGAAUAAAGGAAAUUGUGAAGAAGCAUUCUCAGUUUAUUGGCUAUCCCAUUACACUCUUUGUGGAGAAGGAACGAGAUAAAGAAGUCAGUGAUGAUGAGGCGGAAGAAAAGGAGGACAAAGAGGAAGAGAAGGAGAAGGAAGAGAAGGAAUCCGAAGACAAGCCCGAGAUAGAGGAUGUGGGUUCCGAUGAGGAAGAGGAGGAGAAGAAGGAUGGGGACAAGAAGAAGAAGAAGAAGAUCAAGGAGAAGUACAUUGACCAAGAAGAGCUCAACAAAACAAAGCCUAUCUGGACCAGAAACCCUGACGACAUCACUAAUGAGGAGUACGGGGAGUUCUACAAGAGCUUGACCAACGACUGGGAGGAGCACCUGGCAGUGAAGCAUUUUUCAGUUGAAGGACAGUUGGAAUUCCGAGCUCUUCUUUUUGUCCCAAGACGUGCUCCUUUUGAUCUGUUUGAAAACAGAAAGAAAAAGAACAACAUCAAGCUUUAUGUUCGCAGAGUCUUCAUCAUGGAUAACUGUGAGGAGUUAAUCCCAGAGUAUCUGAAUUUCAUUAGAGGUGUGGUGGAUUCUGAGGACCUCCCUCUAAAUAUUUCCCGUGAAAUGUUGCAGCAAAGCAAAAUUUUGAAAGUCAUCAGAAAGAAUUUGGUCAAAAAAUGCUUAGAACUGUUCACUGAACUGGCAGAAGAUAAAGAGAACUAUAAGAAGUUUUAUGAGCAGUUCUCAAAAAACAUAAAGCUUGGAAUUCAUGAAGACUCUCAAAACCGAAAAAAGCUCUCAGAGCUGCUCCGCUACUACACCUCUGCUUCUGGGGAUGAGAUGGUUUCUCUCAAGGACUACUGCACCAGAAUGAAGGAAAACCAGAAACACAUCUAUUUUAUCACAGGUGAGACCAAGGACCAAGUGGCUAACUCUGCCUUCGUGGAACGGCUCCGAAAGCAUGGCUUGGAGGUGAUUUACAUGAUUGAGCCCAUUGACGAAUACUGUGUUCAACAGCUGAAGGAAUUUGAGGGCAAAACUUUAGUGUCAGUCACCAAAGAGGGCUUGGAACUUCCAGAAGACGAAGAAGAAAAGAAGAAACAGGAAGAGAAGAAGACAAAGUUUGAAAACCUCUGCAAAAUUAUGAAAGACAUCUUGGAAAAAAAGGUUGAAAAGGUGGUUGUGUCAAACAGAUUGGUGACAUCCCCUUGCUGUAUUGUCACAAGUACAUACGGGUGGACGGCUAACAUGGAAAGAAUCAUGAAAGCUCAAGCGCUAAGAGACAACUCCACAAUGGGCUACAUGGCAGCAAAGAAGCACCUGGAGAUCAACCCCGACCACUCCAUUAUCGAGACCCUAAGGCAAAAGGCAGAGGCCGACAAGAAUGACAAGUCUGUGAAGGACCUGGUCAUCUUGCUGUACGAAACUGCACUCCUGUCUUCUGGCUUCAGUCUGGAAGAUCCCCAGACACAUGCUAACAGGAUCUACAGGAUGAUCAAACUCGGUCUAGGUAUUGACGAGGACGAUCCCACUGCUGACGAGACCAGUGCUGCUGUGACUGAAGAAAUGCCGCCCCUUGAAGGAGAUGACGACACCUCCCGAAUGGAAGAAGUGGACUGAGCUGCACCACAUGUCAACACUUACCUUCAUUCCUUCUGAUAAUGUAUUUUCCAGGAUUUUUUGUUUAUUUUUGUUAACAUUGAAGAACCUCUGUGGCAUGAUAACUUAAGGGGAAGAUAGAUUUCCUUCUACCUUGAAGUGAUACUGUGAUCCCUUAGGCAUAAGUGAAGCUAGCCAUGCUUUUUCCAGUUUCACCUUGGCUUACUUUAACAAGUUAGUUUGUUGUAGGGUGUAAUGUGACCUACUGUGGUCUGAAGUGUUUAGCUAUCAAGCUGGAUUCCUUAGUAGACCAAAGUCAUUUGUCACUAAAGUGUUCUGAGAUACUUCAUGUUUAAAAGAAAUUUGUUCUAAUGACUUGAGUUUCCUCUUCUAGAAUUUCUCCAAGGUCUCCAUCCCCUGUAGUUACUCUGCAUGUACUAGUCCUAGAAAUAAGUAUGUAAGCAGAAACAGCUUGAUGGGAGGAAUCCCCCACAUGGCUUGUUUUCCAAAGUGUGAGAACAAAACCCCAAGCUUCCCUAGGUCUUGUAAUUCAUUGAGGCUUGUGAAUAAGGGGGUUGGAGCGCUCAAGUCAUGUUCUUCAAAGGUAAAUACAGUCAAGAAAAAGAAAA